AUGGAUAACGUCUCUGUGAUUAAAAUAUUUUACCUUUCAGGUUUAACUGAAUCAGUAAACUACAGGUUUAUUCUCUUCUYWCUCASUUURUUGUGUUACUGUGUCAUUUUGCUGGYAAAUMUWWCUSUUAUUGUGACCAUCAUCUCGGAUAAAAACCUCCAUGAACCAAUGUAUAUUCUGCUGUGUGUAUUUUGCAUGAAUUCACUUUAUGGAACAACAGGUUUCUUCCCCAAAUUUCUGUGGGAUCUGCUCUCUCCUGUUCAUGUCAUCUCUUAUUCUGGAUGUCUCAUUCAGGUUCAGGUACUGUACUCAUUUGCAGGCGGUGAUCUCUCCAUUCUUGCAGUGAUGGCAUAUGACAGAUAUGUGGCUAUAUGUCGACCAUUGGAAUACCACAAUAUUAUGUCCMAAARAAAUAUCCUAAAAACAUGUGUAAAUUCUAUAGAAAACAGGGCAAAGUUCAUGCAAACAUGUGUGCCACAUUUACUCUCCUUGAUCACUUUUCUUUUAACUWUAUUUUUUGACUUUAUUAAUUUGCGAUUUGGUUCAAAAUAUUUACCUCAGCACCUUCAAAACUUUGCUGAAAUAGAAUUUCUUGUCAUACCUCCCGUUAUGAAUCCUCUCAUUUAUGGUUUCAAACUGACCGAAAUUCGGAAACAUUUAUGGCGAAGAUCAGUUACAUUUCAGGGCAUUAAAGGGAUUCAAAAGAGCGAGGGCUCGAGCAUCCCCGAAAACCUUACCGUAUGCAUAACAAGACUGGAUGUCCAGAUGUUCUAA